UUACGCGGGCGAAAACAGUAUGGCGACAUCGAACAGCACGAAGCGUGCUUCGAAAACAACCAUUUCUUGGUUCGAGUUCUUGUUUGAUAAAACUGGAGAUUUGUUGAAGAAUCACUUAGAGGAAGUGUCAGCAGAACCUUCAGCCACACAACUUAUUGUUCAAUUUCUGGAACACUCUGGUUUGGUCAACAACAAUGUGGGUGCUGCUUCUGAAACUCCUCCAACUAAAAACAAACCAGUACAACGUAUCCGCUACUUAGCUCUAAUGGUUGGUACACAUUUGCAGUGGAAUCUGGAAAUUUUGGAAGAAAAUCUUUCUCUUCAAUGGCAAAGCAUUUUGUUGGGUGAACUUACAAAGAGGACUCCAGGAAUAGAUGAGGUGCUUAAAAGUGAUACAGAUAUUCGUAAACUGGACAAAAAAACUGCAAUGACUCUGAUAAUUUAUUACAGAUGGUUGGUCAGGACUCUGUCUCAGCAUUUUCUUCCUACUGCUGAAAAACCUCCUACUAAUGGUCUCACAGCAGCUGACAACUUGCCAAAUGAAGGCAUUCUUAGAAAGCUUGAAGAGCAGCUGCCAUUCGCUCUCCAGAUACUUGAGCAAGCUCUGGGACUAACUGAGGACAUGGUUCUUCCUUCAGCUCCUUCACUGGUCUCUGAACCCAAAACAACUGAUCCACCUGACCAAGAGAAGGCAUCUGAAGGGGGAGUACCACCCAGUGAUGAUCAAGAACAGAAUAUGGAAAUUGAUGUGACCAACAGUAGAGAGACUGAAAGUAAAGAAGUUGACAAGAAUGGUUCUGAUGACAAGAAUGGCUCCAUUGCUGUUGAAUAUCUUUAUUCAAGUUUGAUCAUGGAAGAUGUAAAGAUUAGGAAAGAAGACAUUAUUGCCCAGGUUUCCUUUGAUCUAGGAACUCUCUACUUCUACCAGGAAAAGUUCCAGCAGGCUAUGAAACUAUUUGAAAGUUGCAAGAAUGCUCAGUGUGACCAGUCAUCAUUUUACACUGUGUGCGAGAAGAAGUUGUAUGGCUACUACAUGGCUUGUUGUGGUUUAACAGGCAUUCCCUCUGUAGCUCCGAGCACUCCCACUUCUACAGAGAAUAAGCCAUCCUUGGCCGUGAGACUUGAACAAUGCAGACAUUCUGGAUACAAUAAUGUCGUUGCAAUUCUUUUGGAAGACAACAUCGCACUGGAACUGCCUUUAGAAUAUAGAGAGAAUCUAGUUGCAGAGCUGAGGACAAAUAGUCGAAGAAUGAGUGAAGAUGAAGAAAGUAUUGCAAAUAUUUCUCUCGACUGGCAAGUCAUGGUUUGUAACAUCAUCAGAGACAUUCUGGAGGGAAGACCAACAAAUCCAGGAUUUUGGCUUUCAUUAGGCAACUGUACUCAGAAUCAACUGGACAUCAUAUUUUCUCUUUGUUUGCAGUCUGUCCCAAUUGAGGAUGACUUCCCUCCUCAAGGUGUUCAGGAUAGUGACAGGUUUAAAAUCCUCAAGUCAUUUAUUCAAAUGAUUUGUUGUACCUGUGAGCAGGUGGAUGGAUGGAAAAUUGCUAGGAACUGUGGCGCUAAAAUAUUUUUGGAUGAAGAGGUAGAAGAACCAAUGGAUGAUGUCCAGAUUGAACUGGUCAAUACUAAACCAGAUGUUAUUGAGCAGGGUUUUGUCACUGAUCUGUAUAACACAGAGGCUGCAUCAGGACAGGAGAGCACAGAGUUAAAGAAGGGCUUCAUUAGCAACAAACUGCGACAUUCAGUUGAUCCAGGAGAGAUCAGCAACCUUGUAGAGGAGCUUCAUCAACUUGAAAAAGGAAGGAAGCAUUCAGAGGAGUUUGUCUGUCCACUAUACAAGAGUCACCUUGAAGAGAUAAAAAGUCUUCAGCAACAAGACAUACUUCAUAUCCUAUUUUCCAAAGCCUUGCAUUGUUCUGCUGUUCAGGAGUAUAACAAGGCUUCUCAACUUCUUUCCUAUGCCCUUGGGAUGGUCAACACUGUAGCUGGCAGAGGAGCUGUUAACAGUCCACUUGAGAAAGUAAAAGCUGCAAUUCACCAAGAACUUCUUGUUCUGGACAUUUGUCAUGAGUCAGGCAACAAAAGACCAGAUGAGAUUUCAAACAGGGUCAAGUCUUACAUAUGGCAAACUGCCCCAGGAGCAGCAGAAGUUCACAUUGAAGAGCAAGUAAAUGCUUUCCUCUUAAAUGGAAAAGAAUGGGAGUUUUUAUCAGAGAUAAAAGUUGAUGAAAAUGCUCAGUCAGUAGAUCACAGAUCUCUGAGUAGUUUGUUGGCCUCUGCUUGUUACUAUUUGUCCAAACCUCAGGGAUGGAGGAAGCCAGCCAGAAGUCUCUGGGAUGGUGUUCUCAAGAUAUUUAGUAAUAGCAAUGGACAACAGAAGAGGCCUGCUGAUGGAAGUCAGGGAGCUAUAGCCCCUCAGUCUGAAGGACUAAAACUGUAAGAACUAUGUUCUCAUACAUCUUUUUGGGACAGUUGCAUGGAUGGGUGAGAUACUGUGGCCCUAUGCAGUUUUUUUAAAAAAGGACUUGUCUAGUUGCUGGUGUUUCCUACAGCUACCCAUUUCUGAAGUGCUAGCUACUUUGAAUUUAUUAGACAAAGCAGUAAAAUACCUUUCGUGAUCUGAAAUAGAUUUUGACCUUGGUAGACUUAGUUUUUUCGCUGGCUUAGAAAUGUAUGUUGGCAGAACAAUGCUUAUGGUUAGCAAUCUUGACUCCAGGUCCUGGGGUUGAGGUUCAAACCUCUGCUAAGUCACUGGAUUGUGUUCAUGGGCAAGGCAAUUCACUCUUGACUAACAAUGCUUUCUUUCACCCUGAAUUAAAAGUGAGUAUGGUCAAUGCCUAGGGGGAAUAGUUCUUUUACUCCCAUAUUAACCUUUUUAAGACAAAGGCUACAGUUUAAAAUUCUCUUAUCUAUGAUUUUUAUCUCUACAUAAUAUAUUGAAAUGAAAAUCGUUUCUUGGUUAAAGAUCUAUAAUACAUUAGCUGUAAGUCUCAAGUGUUUGACAAAGUAAUCCUUGAGAGGUCACUUACUUUACUGACACACCUGACUCAUGUAAGGUCACACAUCUGACAGGUGUCACCUCAAUUUUGAGGUAAACUUUCAUUGGUGCACCGAUUUCUUAUCAAGCAUUAUGUUGUAUUGAGCCCCCCUAAGGGUAAGAUGCUGAAGACAUUUGGUGAUCGAUCUUUUCAGGCAGCAGCACCAUACUUAUGGAACAGACUUCCUCAUGAAAUUAAAAUGAUUAAGUGUUUGGAUAAAUUUAAAAAAGCUAUUAAAACAUUUCUGUUUAAUGAAGCUUUUUGUAAUCAUUAACUUAGAUAUAUUACAUUAAAAUAAUUUAUUCUUAUGUAUUUUUAGCUACCAUUACUAUUGUAAAUUUUUAUUUAGAUAUAUAAGGUUUUUAAUUUUUAUUCAGUGUAAAGCACUAUUGAUCUGUACAUGUAAAUAGGGCUAUACAACUAAUUAAAAUUUAUUUAUUUAUUUA